AUGAAUAUUAUAAAUGAUGAUGACAUUGAAAAUUUCCUGCUUGAUAUUCUUAGUGAUGGUGAAAGUUUCUCUGGUGUUUCUGAAUUAGAUGAUAGUGAUAAUGAUAAAACAUAUACUCCAAGUAACACUAUAUUACAUGACAUAUCAGCUAGUUCAAGUGAUUCAAAUGAUGAGGAGCAUUAUCAUAAUCAAUUACUUACACCCCCAGCUAACCCUAGAACCUCUAGAUCUUCUAAAACAAUUAGUAAGCCAAUCCAACAAGCAGUACCAUCAUUUGAACCUCCAUAUACACCUCCUUUAUGGGGAAAAUCAGAAUUAAUGCCUCCAGUUGAAUURUUUUCUGACGAUUUGCCUUGUGGACCAGCUGAAAUUUUUGAAGAGCUUGAAGAUAAAUCACCAUAUAAUAUAUUUUGCCAAAUAUUUGAUAAAAACUUGAUUGAUCACAUAGUUUUCCAAACUAAUCUUUAUGCUACUCAGAUAGGAAAGCCAUUUACACCUAUUUAUGAUGGUGGAAUUAGAGUUUUUAUUGGAUUAAAUAUGUGCAUGAGUGUUAAACGUCUUCCAAGCUAUCKGGACUAUUGGUCUAGUGCACCAGAUUUGCACGAUGAAUAUAUAUCAAGUAUGAUGAGUGUAAAAAAAUUUAGUUGGCUUCUAUCACACAUCCAUUUCAAUGAUAAUCAACUUCUACCAAAACGAGGGGAAGCCAACUAUGACAAAUUAUAUAAAAUUCGGCCAUUAUUGGAUUAUAUUGGUCAAAACUUUUUAAAUUCAUAUAGACCUCACAGGGAUGUCGCUGUUGAUAAAGCCAUGGUAAAAUUCAAGGGUCGAAGCUCACUGAAGCAGUAUAUGAAAGAUAAACCAGUAAAAAGAGGUUACAAGGUGUGGAUGUUAUGUGAUAGUUCUGGGUACAAUUUAAAAUUUGAAGUGUAUACAGGUAAAAAAGAAGGGACAGUUGAAGCUGGUCUAGGGGGUAGGGUAGUACUUGAUUUAUGUAAGGAAUUGGAAAAUAAAAACCAUGUUGUUUAUAUGGACAWYUUUUUUUCAAGUAAUAUACUUUUUGAMAAUCUGUUGACUAAAAAAAUAUAUGCUUGUGGAACUGUUAGAGCUAAUCGAAAAUUUCUUCCAACACUUGAAAGCGACAACCAGUUGCAAAGAGGUGAAUAUGAUUGGACAACAAGCAAUAAGGAAUUGGCUUUUUAUAAAUGGAAGGAUCGAAAAGCAGUUCAUAUAUUAUCUUCUCUUCACUCACCAGAUGACAAAGUAUUUGUCAACAGGAAAGAAAAAGAUGGGAGUACUUCUAAAGUUCCAUGUCCUUUAGCAUUGAAGGAUUAUAAUUCAAAUAUGAACUUUGUUGACAAUUUUGACCGUCUAAAAAAAGAUUACCAGUGURAUAGAAAAAGUCAUAAGUGGUACAUGAGACUGUUUUUCCAUUUUAUUGAUUGCUGUGUUGUCAAUUCAUUUAUUAUUUACAAAGAAUUGGAUACAGAUGGUAAAAAAUUAACUAAUAAAGAUUUUCGUAGAGAAGUUUACACAGGUUUAUUAUCUAAAAAAUUAGUUUAUUUGCAAUCCCCAUCCAUAGUGAAAAAAAGAACUAAAUCAAAUACUGAAAUCUGUAACCAUAAACCACAUGUAUCAAAACAUUUGAGACUGACUGAAUCUAAGCAUCAACCAUCUCAAUGCAGUAGUAGAAGGUGUGCGAUGUGUUCAACCAAAAAAAAACCACAAAGAACAAAAUGGAUUUGUUCUACUUGUAAAGUUCCUUUGUGUAUCAAGAAUGGAAAAACUUGCUUUCAAGAUUAUCAUACAAAAUAA